AUGUCUUCAGUUAAGCUCUAUCCUCCCAACAAAAACAUCGUCACCUCAAGUCCUCUCCCUCAACUCCUACAAACACCUUCAGGUCUAGCUCUUCUAGAGCUACAAGGAACAAUCAACUUACCUCACGAUGCCAAUGGCGAAGCAUUGAGCGACGUAGGUAUCGGAAGACUUGAUUUUCCAGAUUAUAAUCCAGACGCUGAAGGCUCAGCGUGGAUGAAGGAAGUCCAUCUGUACGUGGGCCAACAUCAGCGCCUCACUGGUGAAGUCAAGAAGCUCCCAAAGGCAAUGGCUGUGGUACGGAGGAGAGAAAACAAAGUGAUCUCUGGAUCCGGAGGAGAAACAGAAGAGCAGGGCGAGAAUCUCGAGGUGGUUGAGAUUGUCAAGUACAAACUCAUGUUCUCCAACCGGCCUGAGCCUGUUGGAACAGCCAAUGCGUCUUGA